UAGUCCACCAUGGCAACUCGAUUGCAUCCGAUGUUCUUAGACCCAACCACUUGCCUCAUUCAUGCUUCUUUGCAAUGAACCUUGUAGAUUGUUUGUUUGUUUAGACAGUUCUCCAUUUUCGCAUAGUUGUCUGUUCGUACUUUAGAUAACUCCAUACUUCAAGAUUUCGCAUUCAACGUACAUCAUUCGAUUCUCAAACAAGACCCUACUUUCACCCCAUCACGCACUACUUUAGUACGAAUUAGCACACGAUGUUGCUCUCGCAGCAGCCUCGGGGCUGCAUAGGCCCGAACCCAGCACUUCGUCCACAACCAACAAAUCAAUACCAGUCCACGAAGCUGUUCAAUUCGCUAUUGUCACCUCCUGCCGUAACCGCCUGUAUCGAAGUUCGUUUCACGUCGGUUUCUAAAACGGGAUAUUGGCCCACAGAUCCCUUUGACAUGGGACUCCCUCCACAACCAUCGCCUGAGCUGCAAACUUCCCAACGCACAAAUACAGAACUACGGACUGAUUUGAGACGCGGCUCCGAACGAUGGAAAGACGACGAGCUCGAGAUACUAUCAAUAACUCGAGAAAAGAGCUCGGAAUCACAAUCGACACAACAACAAAAAAAGAGCCCCAACGAUGAUAUAGAUGUAUUCGAAGUUCAAGAGCAUCCAGAACUGACGCCACCAAACUCGCGCCAGCUUGAGGGAGCCAAAACCGCAAACAAGCUCGGCUCACUUGACCUUUCACUCGCAAACGGUCCACUCGCAGAUAUACAGCCAUCACCGGACCUCCCAGCCACGCACUCCACCGACACACAAGCGGUGAGCAUCAACAAAAGACGCCUCCAUUCGCCGACCCCUUCACCGCAGCGCGACCCUCGCAGUUACUUCGGGUCACGGGAAACGCAUCUGCCGUGGGUGACAAAGCUGAGCCCAAACCGCUUCUCCAUGGCCGUCUCGCCCGACAUGCUAUCGCCGGACGCCCCACCCCCAAAAAGUAUCUGGGACGCAGACGACGAUGAAUUCGACCGCUGGCCGACCGCCGCACAGGCGCGCGAGGAACUCGACACGAUGCGGCGAAACGCGACGACGAAACGCAGCACCUUCGUUGGCCCCGCAACGCAGGCCCGCAGCGUCGCAGACCAGCUCGACGAGGCGGUGAGGACGCCGAUGGGCGACGUGACGCGCACGGCGAGCGAGCAGGAGCAGACGAUUCGUGAGCUCGAGGAUAUGGACUGUGGGAACGUCGGAGGUCAGGACCUGCACGAUGACAUCAUCGUGCCGUUUCGCUCGCACGACUACCCUGUCCUCCCCGCCCACGCGCCGGCAAGACACAUGCACGUGCUUGAUGCUAAGGCGUAUACAAGCUGCACGGAUGCUGUUGCUAAAGCUGCCAGGCCGAGACUGUGCGACGCCGUGGCCACGGUGCUGGCGUACACGAGCCCUGAGUGCCUCGCAGAUUUUCUGAACCCGGAGGUGGAGGUAUUCGAGUGGCGGCGGCUGAUCAACUGUGUUAUGAUCCGGCGGGAGGGUAAUCAAGUCGUCGUCGGUAACUACUACAACUUUGGGACAACGUACCAGUGGGGCUACCUCGUUCGAGCGACCAUUGACGAGAAAGGAGCGUGGACGGAGACGUGGGCUUCGGUGUCGCAGGGCACGACUGCGGUUGGGAAAGAGCGUGUCCUGUUCGAGCAGUUCCUGGCCGAUGGCUCAGACUGGGGUGUCGAGCCGGAUGACCAGGGGUUCGCGUUGUAUGUGGGCCGACAGCUGUCGCAUUUUCUGCUCAGCUACGAGGUCUGGAACUACUACAAGUGGUGGCGGUAUAGGGUUGAAUGGGAGGCUAAUGGAAAGGUGACAGAUGCGCGCGAAAAGAAUCGGUAUCCAGCGGGGUUGAUAUUCGACUGAGCUGGAUGCUACUAGACGUCGAUUGGACUGUCUUUCAAACGAUUGUCUCGGUUAGAUGUUGGAGACUCGGCGUCCUUAGAAGAGGUCAUCACAUUUUCUAGUAUUGUAUCUUU